GGGUAUUUCCAGCUUUGUGGCUUUCACUUCCACUUCUACCAGGUGGGCGGAGUGGCCUCCUGUGGACAAAUCAGAAUCCUCCUCAGCCUCAACUUCAAGAAGUGAGCCAGAGACUCAGGGUCCCAGACACACAGGCAGCAGCAGCAGCAGCAGCAGCAGGAGGCGUGGGGAAGACCAGAAGCCAGAACCAUGGAAGACCAGCGCGACCUCAUCUCUAACCACGAGCAGCUGCCCAUACUGGGCCAGCGCCCUGCAGCCCCAGAGAGCAAGUGCAGCCGCGGAGCCCUGUACACAGGCUUUUCUGUCCUGAUGGCUCUUCUCCUGGCUGGGCAGGCCACCACUGCCUACUUCCUGUACCAGCAGCAGGGCCGGCUGGACAAGUUGACUGUCACCUCACAGAACCUGCAGCUGGAGAACCUGCGCAUGAAGCUUCCCAAACCUGCCAAGCCUUUGAGCCAGAUGCGGAUGGCCACCCCCAUGCUGAUGCAGGCUCUGCCCAUGCAAGGCCCACAGCUCAUGCAGAAUGCCACCAAGUAUGGCAACAUGACACAGGACCACGUGAUGCACCUGCUCCUGAAGGCUGACCCCCUGAAGGUGUACCCGCAGCUGAAGGGGAGCCUCCCAGAGAACCUGAAACACCUUAAGAGCACCAUGGACGGCAUGAACUGGAAGCUCUUUGAGAACUGGAUGCAUUAUUGGCUCUUGUUUGAAAUGAGCAAGAACUCACAGGAGGAGCAGCCCUUUGAAGUUCCAACAAAAGUACUGACCAAGUGCCAGGAAGAGGUCAGCCGCAUCCCCGCCAUCCACCCGGGCACGUUCAGGCCCAAGUGCGACGAGAACGGCAACUAUAUGCCGCUCCAGUGCUAUGGGAGCAUCGGCUACUGCUGGUGCGUCUUCCCCAACGGCACCGAGGUCCCCCACACCAGGAGCCGCGGGCACCAUAACUGCAGUGACCCACUGGAAAUGGAGGAUCUGUCCUCUGGGCUGGGCGUGACCAAGCCAGAUCUGGGCCAAGUCAUCCUGUGAGAACAGCAGACGCAGACGCCAGCACCCAGCCAGCCCUGCAUGGCCACGGCUUCCCUGCUCCCCUGCUCCACAACCCUAGCCGCUCUCUCCUUCCCUUAC